AUGAAGCACUUCUUCGGUCUAAACUCUAUUCUAGGCGUUGCUACUUUCGCGACUUUCGCUUGUGCAGUUCCUUAUCGAAGCCGCGGGUGUGAUACCACCUGGACUGUGGGCCAAGCUGUCGACACAAGCAGUGGGCGUAUAAUUGGCCAUGCUGCGUCGAACGCCACCGAGGUUUCCGAAUAUCUGGGAAUACCAUUUGCCCAGCCUCCUAUGGAGCUUUGCGAUUUCAACCUCCUGUUCAAAGAUUGUCUGACACUCAACAUCUGGACCAAACCUCAAACCGGAGAGAAGAAAAAGGCCGUCCUUGUUUGGAUUUACGGGGGCGGCUACUCGAAUGGCGCCGCUAGAGAACCUGGCUAUAAUGGGCAGUUUUUUGCUGGCCAAACCGAUGUUAUUAUUAUAUCCAUCAACUACCGCCUAAACAUCUUUGGCUUCCCUGGAAACCCGAUUACCGUUCCAAAUCUCGGCUUGCUCGAUAUAAGGCUUGCUUUGGAAUGGAUUCGCGAUAAUAUUGACGCCUUCGGUGGCGACGUGAACCGGAUCACCAUGUUCGGGCAGUCUGCAGGUGCUGGUCUGAUCGACUUUUAUUCACACGCCUAUGCCUCGGAGCCGAUUGCAAGUGGGUUCGUGUUCAUGAGUGCUACUGUCAACGGCUUCCCGGCACUCAGCAAGAAUGCAACAAUUUCGAAAUGGUUCGGGAUCGCGGAGAGAGUAGGUUGUGGCUCUGAUGCUGCUGGUGCCGAGACUGUUUCCGCUUGCAUGACUUCCAAGACUGCUGAAGAGAUCGCAGCUGUGUUCGGCCCCGAGGAUCUAGGUGGAGGUUCUGCUCCCGGAUUCGGCCCCGUUGUUGAUGAUACUCUUGUCUUCGCCGACUAUAGCAUCCGCCGAUCGGCGGAAGGCGGAUACUUGAUAGGAAAUACUCAGAAUGAGGCCGGCUUUUUCCGUCAGCUCCAGAACCAGAGCGACCAGUACUGGGAUGAUUUCAAUGACAGAUAUUAUACGUGCGCCGAUGCAGCUCGGAUCUCUAAGUCGACUACAGAUGGCUAUCCAACCUGGAGAUACCGAUAUUUUGGAGAUUUCCCAAAUCUCGCCCUUUCGACAAACCCGCCAAGUGGGGCAUAUCAUACGUCUGAUUCCAACGCCAAGCACAUUGAAUGA